CUCACGCUCCCAAAGUCAAAGGCGUGCCCUGGCGAGGAGGCGUGGGCGGCUACCAAGGAGAGUUUAUCCUUCCGUCUCACGGCCAAUUCAUGCUCGUGCAAUUUAAAUAUAAGUAAGAUUCUUUGGGAAGAGAAUAAACUUUAAUGCGUAAGUUUUCGGGACUGGUUCUCCAGCUCGUCUUCAGACUUUUGGACUAUGUACAAAACCAGUUAACUAUUUAACCAUGUCGAACAAGUGAAUGUAUGGUUGGCCGAAGCCUGCGCCAAUGCGCGUCAAUGAUUUGCGUCAUCCCCUCGGCAUUGCUACACUCGCUUCCAUUUGUCCUUGAGAAAUUUGUAUGUCGCAUCUAAAUCGAUAUGCCGAUUGAUUCAUGCCUCAUCUGAGUGCAUUGCCUCCAGGAAUUCGCGGCCUUUCCCUAUUGGGCAUGCGCCAACAAUGCGGGUGUUCUCCCAUGCUAAUUUGUGCCCAGUGUCCAGUGUGUGCAUAGCUACCUGGGAUAGAUGAUCUAUUCUCCUCACCGCUAACUGAUGCUCAUGUAUGCGGGUAGACACAGAUUCACCAGUUUGGCCACAACAGACGGCAUCACAACUGGGACAUGGUAUUUUGUAGACAACAUCUUUUCUACCAAGAUAGCCAACCCUGUCCUUAGGGUGUACAAGCCGUGCACGCAAGGUGGUUGUAGGUUGGUGUGCUACUUGUAUGUGACGAUUUUUCAGCUGUCUUUCGACGAGUUCAGAUACAUUUUUCACGUCUGGGAGGGUCCGCCUGGUGAAUGCUUUUGGUGCUUGGGUGGCCGUUGUUUUUGAAAUACUUUUCUGUUUAAACUCAUGUUUUUAUGCAAUGACGUACGAAGUGGCGCGGGCAUCCGUUGUGGGAAAAUAAUUUGAAAAGUUAUUUCAUUUCUGCUUAAUAACUUUCUUUAUCAGAGCAGUGUGUUUUAGCCCGGUUUAGUAGGCUGUAGACAGUACUCCUCUUGUGAGAGAUAGGAUGGUUACUCUCAAAAUGUAAGAUGACCUCGGAGUAUGUUUCUUUGCGAUAAACUGAAGUGUGAAGGGAUCCAUCAGUUUUUCGGCAUACGAGGACAUUCAGAAAUGGGAGCUGUCCAUCAACCUCUGUUUCAAAAGUAAACUUAAUUCCUGGAAAUGUGGAGUUAGGAUUCGUGUGAAGCUGGUCUAAUUGGUUUCUCUUGACAAUGACAAAUGCUUCAUCAACAUAGCGCAGCCAUAGUUUUGGGUUAAUUUUAGGUAGGGAUAUAAAUAUAUAUAUUUUAUAGAAGACGUCCACAAAAAUAUUCCUCCAUUUACUCAUUUGGUAGCGGAUUUCGUCUUCUUUAAAUUUUAUACUUUCGGUUUUAAAAAAAGUGUCUAAUUGUGAGAUUUUUCAAUACGUUUGUUCAGACGUCCUCGGGCGGUGUUCUCGAAUACCCUGGCAUAUAUCACCCAGGUGCUUGAGGCUACCGACAACGGCUUAUUUCGCGUAGAGAAGGCUGCAUCAUUUACAAAAGAUGCUCAUCAGAAAUGCGUCAUCUCACUUGUUCUCUCACCUUCUCAGCCCUAAUCUCCUAAGGGAGGCAAACAUACGCGAAAACGGCAACAAUUUGAAUCAGAUGGUUUUGCGCUGCGAUUGCCUGUAGUUGCAGUGGCCUGACGGUUUCGCUGGGAGCAUUCUGACCAGUUACAUGCCUUCAGCACGUGUCAGUUAGACAGUGGUAUUAUUUCGGCGAAGCCUUAAAUGAUAUUGCCGGCUGGAGCCAUGCGUAGGGCUUCUUGACAGCCGGAGAGUACGUCUAUCGAGCGCAACGAUGACCAGCGCCACAGCGUAGACCACUAGCGACGUAUGGCGUGUAAUUUAGGCUAUGAAGACGUGAAGUCCGCCACAGCGCUUUCACUCUCCUGAGGUCAUGUUCAAGUAUCAAGAGAAGUUUACGGCAACAGAAUACGGUCAUCGACACGGCGAUUGUUCGGAUGCUCGCCCCUCGUCUUUGAGCAUCACGACCCACCGGCCUCUCAGCGACAUCCAAAAUGUGCUUUCGACACAAACUGGCGAUCCUAGAGGAUCAUGCAGGGAAAUGGUUGUAAUAGAGUCAGAGAAAAGAUUAUUAACGUACCCAUAGCGUUUACGGGGAUGUGCAUGUUUUCUGUUAAUAACUAUACGGUAAAUAAUUACCACGAAAUGUGUUAUUACUUACUGGUAGACUAUAAUGUUCUUAUGGGCUCUGUAAUUUUACAUUUCACCGCCGACGGCAAGUCAUCCAGGAUGCGAAGAUGCCAGCGCUGACAUGCAAACUCGCCACUUAAAUGGACAAAUUUGCCGUGGACGUAGACCUUGUCGUCCACUUUAUAGGCAAUACUAAAAAUGUGCUGAUGCGAUGCUGCACGACUGGACACCCCACGGUCCUGAAGAAUCUCAUAAAUAGGAACUCUUUUAAAACCGGAAUAUGCAGGCAUAAAAUUUGAAGAAGACGAAAUCUGUUCUCCAAUGAGUAAAAGAAAGAAUGUGUUUGCGCAUGUCUUCUGUAAAAUAUAACUCAUGAGGACAUCAGCAAAAACCCCCUGUACCAUACACAUAGAAUGCCUGCUGAAGUAGUGACUGGUAUGCAAGCUAGUUCGUUGUGAGGUGGAUUCCGUCACAGCGUUUUUGCUCUAUGCCGUAAGUCGUGUUUCAUUAGGAGGAUUAAGACAUUUGAAUAUGGACACUGACGAAGUCGCUGAGCGGGCCUUCGUCCCUCAUCCACCUGUACCAGGACUUAACCGUCCACAUGUAGCUUGCCGACAUAGGGACAUCACACCAGUAAACUAAAGCGGUUCAACUGUAGUUCCAUCGCACUGAGAAAAAAACUUAUUACUGAAUCCACAGCGUUUACGGGGAUGAAUCACCGCAAAAUGCGUUUGACUUCAAUGAUGAGCCCUUUCGCAUUUAGCAGUACUUCGACCAAGUUCGCUACUUAAAUGGACGAAGUAGACAGCACUUCCAAGUACUAGAUCUGCCCUAAUUUUUUGAGACCCAGAGCAAAUUUCGGAGACAGAACCAGUCAAAUCCAAUCCUGUGAAACACCAGCCGAAUGAAUGAGGCCAAAGACAGUUAAGACGGCCAUGCAUAUGCACAUGUAGCCUAUCUCCUUUCAACCAAAAAUCAGUCCAAACAGGCAAGAGGUCCUUUGAACAGGGCACACCAAAGAGGUCUAUGCAAAGUAACUAUACAGCGUGUGGUGGAAAGUGGACAAAAGACAGCGCGGCGAGAGAAUUCGUCUCCAGCGACGAGGGCCUCGCAGAACUUCUCGGUGUGGCUUUAUCCCACGGAUCCUUUUCUUUUUCUCCUGAAGAGUUUGCUUGUGGGGUUCCGGCAGGGUGGCUGCCCGACCGCCAAAAACGGGCACCUGCUCAUGAAGCUCCCGUAGCACAUCCGCCUUCUCAGUACUCUGUAGAUUAUUCUGGGAAGGUGGGGUACUAACAAAAUGAAGUAGCCCGUUACAAACACUUAAAACACCGGUGUGUUCAGUCUUACAUUGGCACGAGGUAGUUUGUUCACCACAAGCGGUGAGGACUACGGUCGUCACAGUGGUUUACUCAAAAAUUUGUUCAAACCGAAGUGGGCUUGCACCACAUCCUGUGCACUUGAUCUGCCUAAACCCACCGCGUUCAGGUGAGGGGAUCAAGUAGAUACGGCAGGAGGGGAUAGGCGCGAGCGAAGUUGAUAAAGUAGAGCCACGCGUGACAUACGCGACUUGGUCCCUAGCCCUGAAAUUCAGGCCUCAUCACGAGGGUGUCGGAGCCUCACCUAAGUGAGAGUGCCAUGAAGGCCACAUUAAGGAGUCUUUGAACUCUGACCGUGUUGUCAUGCCAUUUGAUAGCCUCCUAAGCCAUAAUUAUUGGUACCUAUAGGUGCUUUCAAAGGGCGUCUUCUUGUGUACACUGGGAAGGUAAGAGUUAGGCCCUGAUUAGCUUGGCCUUAUUUUUUACCCUUCACAUUAACCGGUGUCUUGUUCGAUUUAAGCCAAAUGGCAGUGAAAUUGUUUGCGGUGGCUGCUGUGUCAUGAAGCCUCCGUCCACUGCUUGUCACACACGUGCGGCCAAAAUUAAGGUUUGUUGCAGUAACGCAGACUUGUCUGGGAUGACCUCUUUGUGAGACUGUGACGCAGCGAGGUAUCUUACCGGUCUUCAUCGCCUGUUCUUUUUCAGGCUACUGGUCGGACACACCCUUUUUCAAGGGCGACCCCUGCCAGUUCGGUCUUGUGGGUGUGCUCGAUAUCAGCCGCAACGAGGACCUCUUUGACGAUCUUGCCUCCUCCACUCUCCUGAACGCGGCCGAGCGGGAGUUUAUCAUCACACGACACGGUCUCUCUGAGGGUAUCCUCACUGCCUUCGCCUGGUCCAGUGCCAUCGCCUACAACCAGGGUGAGCGUGCCCCCCUCUACAUCUAUUCACCACUGACAACGUCGUUCAGAAAACUGUCAUUCAUGCAGGCGCUUGCCAUGUGCAAAGUUUAGGGACAUGAACUAUCUGACUUUUUGAACAGCCGGAUUUGCUGUCCGCCGGCAAGGGCUGUACCAGCAUCGAAAUUGGACAGAACUUUAGAUGGUUUUUCGGGGUUGUCAACCCUUUUCCGUUCAGUACUGUCCAUGACAGUAGGUGGCAGACCCGGCUGUUCGAAGUGUCAGACAAUUUGUUCAGUUGAUGUCACCCUCCUCUGACUGUUACCACGCAACCGUUGCCUGAAUCUUCGAAGUCGCGGAAGUAUCGCAAGAAGAGUAAUGCACACUUUUGACGCUCUGGUACGAUCUCUAAUUCUUCCACUCACUGCUGGCACAGUGAAGGUUUAUUUUCCACUAUUUAAACCCCGAGUUCUACCGCUGUGAGUGCCUCAUCUUUGCACCAGUUCUUUUCCUAAGUGUACAACCGUCUCGCGUCGUUAAUCUACAGAACGUUAAAGGUAAUGAAAACCUGAUAUAUCGUCCCCUGCAUUUAAAUCGAGUACCCACAAUGGACUCUUAUUUGGUCGUCUUCAAGUGCAACAACUCAUGUACUUGCACGCCCACUCGAUCACCGCUUUAGCUAACGUGUGCAGGUACUCAUUUGGCGCCAUCUAGUUUUCCUGACGGUUCGGCCUGCUGUUGCUUUGGUUUUGGCCGGACCUUUCUGUUUGACUUUAUAUACUCGUAGCGAUGCCGAUUAGCUUGUGUUAUACUAACUGAAGAGCGUGCAGUGAGUCUGGAGUUGACGUCGAAGAAAAUAAAACGACAAGACCUGAACAUUCUCCUUAGUAGUGUCUUAACUGACGGAAACUUCAACUGCUUUACUCAAGUAUGGCACUUUUUGAACUCCAGCUGGCCACGACUAAGUAUUGGCCUUGAUCUAACCCUUCCCCCCCUCCACUGUUCAAGUAAUUUUGAGUGAUAUCCAAAAUAGUUGAAUUGGAUAUCCUGAAAGCGUCUGGGUAGGGAGGGUUAUAGCCCCCAUGUCUAUGUCACUACAAGGUCUGUGCGACCUAUUGUCGCCCGAUUACCGCUGUUUUGUGAAGUCUUAUAGUCCACAACAAUCCGUUUGUGAUCAGCAGUCACGAGGAUUCACAGUCACAUGACGCCGUAGUGGCGUAACAUCCAAUCAGAUCGCCGUUAUCCCCAUGAGUUCAUAAUUCACCUUUAGGUCUUAGCAACUGGUCAGUUCGAGGCGCGGAAAUAGAUAUUUUGAACGGAUGUGCGACUACCUCCCGCGGAAAACGCCCUGAAGCCUAUACAAAUAUUAACGGCAGGAACCAGAGGUCGAGUCAAUGAAAGCUGGACUUAGAAAAUUCUCGACCCCAUACCGCUUUCCCAUUGCCAAACUAUUGAGAUGAAAGGACAGAAGUGAACACAAAUCGCCAUAUAUUUCUGACUGAGAUCGGUAGACCUCUUCUGCAUCAACAUCAAACCCCGCCCUGGUCGAUGCCAGUCUUUCAUCGUCCGCCUAAUCAGUUUAUUAGGUUGGUCCACUGAUUGUUCUCAAACGUGGAGGUGUUACUGAAUUCCAGCUUUAAUUGAUCUAUGUAAGCCGCCUUGUAAACUGAUAAAGACUAAUGCCCUCAGAGGAUCUUUAUGUAGUGUAGGUUCUAUAUUAUUUUUACAGUUGUUUUUAUGCCGUCUUUGGUUAUGACCCACCCCCAGCACUGUUCCCAGUGACAUAAUUAAUACAGUGAUUCUUCCUCACAACUUCUUUUUCGGUGCUGGGUGCAGCACGUUUCAAGGGAAUGAGCAUCAACUUCUAACUCCCACCUCUCUUUUGCACCUUGUGCCCUGUCCAACCCCCACCUGUUGCAGGUUUUACUCUCUACAACGACUUGACUUACCCCAUCCCGGUGCAGCUUCUACUGACUGACGGUCAUCACUUCCAGUUGCUUCGAUUCCAGCUGAACUCCCUGACUGCGCUCUGGAAGCCUGAAGACGCCGGAUUACCUUUCAACAUGGCCUGGGCAUCACAGCGACUGGCGCUCUACGAUCAGGACGCAGCUGCGCUGUAG